AGUUUUGUGCCAUCGUUUGGAAGGGAGACACUCCUGACGACACCUGUUCUCCCACAGUCUGACCAAAGCAUAGCUUCUGAAGAUUUUAUUCAUUUAAACAUUUUAGAAAAAAGAGUUCUUAACGAUUCUGAGGUAUCAGUUCAGUAUUUAUGUUCUAAGCCUUGCACUGUCACUUUGGAAGCAGUAGCUUCAUCGGAGUUCAGAACUGGUGUGUUAGUGUAUAAGAAGAGGUGGAAGAAUGAGAAGCAUCUUCAUAUAAGUAGAACUCAAACAGUGCAUUUGAAAUUUCCAAACAUCAUGGUUUACAGAGAUGAUUAUUUCAUCAGACGCUCUAUAAUAGUGCCUACUGUGAUACUAUAUGCAUGGAUCAAUCACAAACCUGUUGGGAGCUAUGAUGCCAAGCGGGAUGAAAGCUACCUACAGGCAGUUGCCAAGAAUUAUACUUUGUUGGAAACAGUUCCACCUUGUGAGCGUCCAUACAAAGAUCACAAAGUGUGUUUUAAGUGGAGCUCUGAGCAUAUGUGGAGGCUCCAGGCAAACAGGAUACCUCAGUGCCCGCAUGAGACUGAUGCUGUUGAGAUCCUCAGUUUUCCAUAUGCAUCAAGUGGAGAGAAGACAGGAAUUGUGAAGAAGUUCAAGAGAUUUCACAACAGAGAGCUCGAGACAAUCAGGCAGCAUCAGAUCGAUUACCCAAAGUUCACUAUUUCAGUUUGGCUUUAUUUACUCCAUCACUGCGAAAAGAAUCUGUGUGGAAUAUUCUACUUUAUUGACCCAGGAGAAAUGUAUAGUACCCCUGCUGUAUUUCUAAAUGAAGAAGGUUAUGUUCAUAUACAGAUGCGCCUUGUCAAAGGAGAAGACCUCGCAGUGAAAACUAGCUUCAGCCUUCCUUUGAAACAGUGGUUUCGACUAGAUCUCUCUUUUAAUGGAGGACAGAUAGAAAUAACCAUUGUUGGGAAGAAUCUGAAAAGGCACCGGCAUCAAUCUUUUAAUUUUAGGGAAGAUUUCUAUUAUGACGACAUGGCUGGAUACUUUGUUCUUGGAGGCAGUGGGUACGCACCUAGCAUUGAAGGGUUCUUUGGACCUGUGAAAUACUACCGUCUUAAUGUUCUGGAAACAAAACAGAUUUCUAAUCGUCUUUAUAACAAAGAAAUUAUGGAACAGAUUGAACUCUACUAUGAGAGAUGUGCAGACAUCCAAGAAAUAGUAUCUGGGUAUGGACACCUUGUAAAGCAAGGCCAAACAGUGCAAAAAGAUUGUAUCCGUGAAAACUAUUAUUCAGAGCUGAACUACAAAUAUGGGGCCAAGACCAAGUGUGAUACCUUUAUCUGGGGCAAAGAGCUAAGGAAGAAAUACCACAGCUUGUUCAGUCUGCUGCGAGAGAUGGAUUUCAGUCCAUCUGAUGUGUCAGAAGACCAAAACAAUACAGUUUUAGAAGUUGGCCGGAGGAUAUUUGAGAAGGUUGCAAAAAAUCUUUCCAGGGCUGAUGGUCUACACUACAUGAGCUCCUCAAUCCCUUUUCUGAUGGAUUCCAGCUGCUGUGGAUACCACAAAGCUUCCUUUUUCCUUGCAGUUAUUUUUGAAACGGGACUAGCUGUGCCCAUAGACCCUUUGCAGGGGCUGCUAUACAGUUUGGUUGGUGCUCAGAGGAGUGAGAGACUUGCUGUGAUGAAUCUUGGGUAUAAACAUUACCAAGGCAUUAACAAUUAUCCACUAGACUUGGAGUUAUCAUAUGCUUAUUACAACGAUAUUGCACUAAAGACAUCUCUUGAUCAACAUUCUACAAAAGGAGAUCAGGCAUUUGUAGAAACUAUAAGGCUAAGGGAUGAUGAAUUAUUAAAAGCCCAAACUAAAGAAAAUGGGGAUGUCUUUAUGUGGUUAAAAUAUGAAGCAACAAGAGGAAAUGCAGCCGCACAGCAACGAUUGGCACAGAUGCUCUUCUGGGGCCAGCAAGGGGUGGCAAAAAAUCCGGAAGCAGCAAUAGAGUGGUACUCAAAGGGUGCACUAGAAACUGAAGAUCCAAUAUUAAUAUAUGAUUAUGCCAUCAUUUUAUUCAAGGGUCAUGGUGUGAAAAAGAACACAAGACUUGCUUUAGAACUGAUGAAAAAAGCAGCAUCCAAGGGAUUACAUCAGGCAAUGAAUGGUUUGGGAUGGUAUUACCAUAAUUUUAAAAGAGACUACAUAAAAGCAGCAAAAUACUGGUUGAAAGCUGAAGAAAUGGGCAAUCCAGAUGCAUCCUAUAACCUGGGUGCUCUGCAUUUAGAUGGGAUUUACCCAGGAGUGCCUGGCAGAAAUCGAACACUAGCUGCUGAGUACUUCUAUAAAGCUGCCCAAGGUGGACACGUAGAAGGAACCAUACGAUGUUCUCUGUAUUACAUCACAGGAAACAUGGAAAACUUUGCUAGAGAUCCAGAAAAAGCUGUAAUCUGGGCAAAACAUAUUGCAGAAAAAAAUGGCUACUUGGGACGUGUAAUCAGAAAAGCUCUCGAUGCCUAUUUGGAAUUAUCCUGCUGCUAUGUGAUCAUCCAACAGCAGAUGGGAAUCCAACACAACCCCCAAAGUACGCAAACACAGUCACAAAUGAAGUACAAAACAAAAUAUUCAACACCACUUUUUAUUUUUGUUUAUAGGUGCUGGAGUCAUAGCAAUCAAGAAUUAAUUAAUCCAUGCUCAUUAGCUUUGCUUUAUUUUUACUUAAGAGUUUUCUGGAAUAACAUUUUGCAUUCUACUCUGAUCUACUUCAUGGGAACCUUUCUUGUGUCAAUAUUGGUUGCAUUUGCAGUACAAUAUUUUCAGUCUCUGUCUGCCAAUGAUUCUCAGGCACCAAGGCCAGAACAAUCUCCAGAUGUACAUUCUUCCACUGAAAACACCAGUGACACUAGAUCAACAGAACAAGAGGAAUCUACUCUUACAAACAAUUUAGCUCAGCAUCCCCAUCUGAUCAGCUGAGGUGUAAUUCUCUGAAAGAUUGGAAUUCCAAAGCAAACAUUAGAAUGGCAUGGUCUUGAGUAGUUACAAAACUAAGAGUUCACAAAUGUAUAGAAUGGUAAUAACUAUGUACUCCAUGGGCUAAAUCCUGCUCUUAGUUACACCUGGGCAAUCCCAGUGACCUAAUCUAUCUAUUAUAUAAAGCAGAAAGAAAUUUUAAAAAAACCAAACCAAGAACACAUGUUGAUUAUUUCAUGAGAUUAUACGUCUGAAUGCAUUGUAUGGUCUUGUUUUUGAUGGGAAUAGAAAAAUGGGUGAAAUCCUGUCCCCACUGAAGUCAGUGGCAAAACUCCCAUUGACUUCAAUACGGCUAAGAUUUCACCCACGGUAUCUACUAUUUGACUAAACAGUCUUUGCCCACAUUUAGAUGAAAGGCUAAAUUUCCUGUAGCCCUGUUCCUGGAGGCUUGGCAGCCAGUCUUUGUUUGCUUUGAAUUUAUUGGGUAGCUGCACAAGCGCAACUGAUUAUAGGGAGCAGCUCCCUUUACCAAAAAAUACAAAAAAAAGUAGAAGUGUCACAGUAAAUCAGUGAACAGUUUCUUCUCAAAUUCUUAUAUGGGUAACAUAGGAAGGGAAUUCUCUCCAGUUUUACAGUAUAUCUUAAAUUGUCCUUGAACUAAAUUACUGAUCAGGUGUCAUUUCCAUUAAUUAAUAUGUUUAUACAGCACUAGUGCAAUGGGGUCUUUGAUUCCAUAUCUAGAGGUCCUGUAGGCUACGGUAAUACAAAUGAUGAUAAAUAAUAAAAAUGCUAGUUAGGACAGUCAGGAUAACAGGAUAUGCGGGAAGUAAUCAUACAGAGCAUAGAUCUCAUCGGUCUGAUUUUAAAGCUGCACAAAGUGAGUGGACGUAGGGAAGGAAUGACUGUAUGUGUUCAGCAGGUGUGUGUACACAUAAAAUCAUAUAGGUAAUUGUAUCCAUCUAUGCAUUAUUGUCAGUUAAAUCUAAUCUCUUUGCACUGCUUUAUUUACAAGAGUAAAUAAAAUUAUUUUUCUAUUGCUGACUGUAUGGUAA